AUGAAUGAGUUCUCGUCCUACCUUUACACAGGAGAGGUUCAAAUGAGCGAGGCGAAUGUCGAUGAUCUGAUCGCGUCCGAGAACUACUUACUACUUCCUCGUCUAAAAAACAUCGCUUGCAAGUUUAAGGAGCGGCAUAUGUCGACCAAAAAUUGCGUUGCUACCUUUCUAUAUGCUGAGAAAUACGAUUGCAAGGAAUUGAAAACAUACGCUGGCGAAUUAAUCAAGCAGAACUUCGCGACGGUCGGCAAGUCCAAGGAUUCGUGCAAAUUUCGACGUCUUAGUAAUUGCAACCGAAGAAGAAGUCUUCGAAAUCGUUCUAGAAUGGAUCGCGCAAAAUCAAGACGAGAAGGAGCAACAUUUUGCGGAGUUCGACUGAGCAGCAUAUCCGAUCAAUAUUUGUACACAAAGCUUAUGUGCCAUGAACUAGUGCAGGCAAAUGGCGAGUGUAGGGAAAUAUUAAUGGACGAAAUUCGCUGGCGUGCCUUGUACUCUGGCCAACAGAUCUCCCGACAAAAACCAAGAACUUGUCUUCAGACUCAUGAAGAUGCAAUCAUCACAUGCGGUGGCCUGUCGCCAGAUGAACGCAUUCGCAACUUGACUGUGUGUUAUGUUCCGGCUACGAAAACCUGGUACGAGUUGGCACCCAUGCUUAACAGACGGUUUCGCCAUGGUUUGGCUUCCUGCCGGGGAUAUGUUUAUGCCAUCGGUGGUAAAGGAGAAGACUCGGUCUACAACAGCGUAGAACGAUAUGACCCGCGUACAAACUCAUGGGGCUUUGUAGCACCACUGCCUCAGAGAGUGACAUUAAUGGAUGCAGCCACCUUACAAGGGCUGCUGUACGUCACUGGCGGGAUUGCGUUCAGCAGCGAGCACGGUGGUAGGCGUUGUGACACUGCGCAGAGGUACAAUCCCUCGACAAACUCUUGGACUGUAGUUGCACCUCUAAAGAGACGCAAGUCCUCUGUUUGUCUCGUGUCAGACACUCACUAUUUGUACUGCAUUGGUGGCUUGGCCGACGAUGGUUUCCUCUCUGAUGUGGAUCGUUAUGAUCCAAAGUUGAACGUAUGGACACAGAUGGCUCCGAUAGGCGAACAGCGUGGGUGCGCUUGUGGAGUGUGCCUUGAAAAUAAGAUUUACCUCUUUGGAGGUACUGUUGACCCAUUUUCUUUAAGUGCCCUCGUAAGUUGCGAGGUUUAUGAUAUUACUUUGAACGAAUGGCAAUCAAUCGCUCCCUUACAAGUUCCCAGAUUUCACGGAAGUGCAGUCCUUUUACGAGAUCAGGUAUACUUAUUUGGCGGAACCGGAAGUCAAAGUGUCGAUCGGCAGAAUUCUCGUAUGGUGGAGUGUUACGAUAUCAAGUCAAAUACCUGGCUCGAUGCUCAUUCUAUGCCACAUAUGAGACAUACUUCAGAGGAUGCCCAGUAA